UGUUUAUUUAAUAUGAAUCUCAAACAUUUAAACUCAAAGCUCAGUCAAAAUAUAUCCAGCCUGAUAUAUUUGUAGCAUAUAAAUACUUGAUGCAGCCGCUGGAUGAGGUAAGCUGGAAGACUGGACAAAAUGAAUAAAACGGAUGACAUGAAGAGCUCGUCCCUGGACGAGUUCAAGCUAGAGGCAAUGCGCUCCAUGGGCUGGGCCGUGGAAGCGGAUAUACCCAUGGCCAAUGCCGAGAAUCUGGCGAUACUCCAGGAUAUGGUGAGCAUGCGUGCCGAGAAGUUUGAUCUGCAGCAAAGGAUCAUUGCCCUGGAUGAGCGCGACAAGGCAAUUGAGCGUCAUAAGCGUAACAUUGAGGCCACAUUGCAGCAGAAUAUGACUUUUUUCAACUCGGUGAAGAACGAUGUGAUCAAGGAGGCGCAUCGCACGCAGCUGGUUAUCCUGGAGCGCAACAAGCUCAAGGAAGAUCUGCGCACGAAUCAAAGAGAGCUGGCCGAAUACACCGAAUACGCGGAGCACACUCUACGUAAAAUUACAAAAAACAAACGUGAAAUCGAUGAUCUGACGAAGCGCAUCAAGACGGCCAAGUCGAGUCUGGUCGAUUGGGCCGAUGCUAUGGAGGAUGGCAACAAGGGUUACCUGCUGAUCGAUAAGUAUUAUCAGGAUGAUCAGCAAAAGGCGCGAGAUUUGAAUACAAAGCGUCAGCUUCUCCAGGCGGACAUUGACAAGCGGCGUAAGAUUAAUGUCCAGCUGUAUGAUGAGCAGACAACGCUGGAGAAGAAUCUGGAGCGUACCGCCUGUCUGUAUCGAGCGGCCCACUUGGAGCGCCGUCAAAUGGUGGACACGUGGAAGCAGGCGGUCAAUCAAAUGACACAGCGCGAGAUGGAAAUCCAAAACAGCGAGGAGGAGUGCAUCCAACUAAAUGAGAGAGCGGUGAGCAUGGCUGCCAAUUAUCGAAUUGCCAACGAGCAGUUGAACGAUGUCCUGGAGAAUAAUCGUGUGGUGGAGCAAUCCAUCGAGAUUCUCAAUUCGGAGAAUUCCGAUCUGAAGAAUGAAAUCACACGUCUAGCGGAUGCUGCACUGCUAAAGGAGCGCGAGAUCUUGGCACUGCGCCAUGAGCUCGAGAAUCUGUCCAAUAUGGUGCACUCGCAGCGUCUGGAGAACCGCAAGCUGGUGCUGCAGCGCGAUACCAAGCAUUCGGAGAUUGCCAACUAUGAGGACGUGUUGAAGCAGGUGGAGGCACGCCUCAAAUCCAUUGAGGACAAGGCGACCGAUGCCAACCAGCGUCUCCAGAUCCUCGACGAGAUGAUGGAGGGCGAGGAGCAGGCUCUCAAUGAGCUGAACAAGCAACAGCAGCGCUGCAACGAUCUUCUCUAUCGCACUCAGCGCCAGAUUGCCGAUCUGCGGGAUGAGGAGAAGACCAUCAUAGUACAGAAUUCGGCGCUCCAAUCCACAUUGCUUGCUCUCUAUCGCAACCAUCGGCAGUUGGAGAGCGAGCUAAAGCGGCAGACGGAAAUCCAUUACGAGAUGUCCUUUAAAUAUCUUCAGUGUGAGCGUCGUCUGGCCGAUUUGCGUGGCAAGAAUUCCGAUCCCGAGACGGAGGAGCGCAACCAGGAGAUUCUCGCCCAGUUGGAGCAGAACUAUGCCAAGUUGCAGCGUCGUCUGAGCUCCACAGAGGCGCAGAAUAAGAAGCUCAACUACAGCAUGAAUGCCCUGGUCAUUGUGUACAACAGCGAUGGCAAGGAACUGGAGGUGGUCAAGUUCAAGAUCAAGGAGGCACAGGUUUAUUGCGAGGGCACCAUCAAGCGUCUUCGCAUGAAUCGCUACGAGAAUUCCGAGUUCAUUGUGGAGCUCAGUCUGCUCAAGAUGCGAUGCAGUGAUCUACAAAAUGUGAUCGAAAGCUGUGUCAAGGGCACCUAUAAUCUCAAUCAGCAUCGACUUGCCUUCCAGCGCAUCAUCAAGGAUCGCUUUGUGGAGCUGCGCAGUCAACAGGACAUUUUACAACUGAAACGCAAACAUCUCAACGAUGAACUAAGCACCUUGCGUGCCGAUCUUGGUGAUCGGAAGAAACACAUUGCCGCCAUGCGAGCACGCUUUGAGCUCACAUCCGCCUUGUUGGGCGUCAACGAGGAUGGCACCGUGAUCACCGCCACCCAGCUAAAAGUGGAGAAUGCCCAGGAGCGACAGAUGCUCGCCGACGAAGGCGACGCUCUUAACAAGAAAGUUCUCAAGGCCGAGAAGGAGGUUAUUGCCCUAGAGAAUACGUUGCGUCAGUUUGAUAAAUCCAAUGACAAUUAUCGCAAGAAUUUGAAAACCUAUGAAGACAACUCAAAGGAUGAACAGCGUGCCGAGGAGGAGCUGAAGAAGGUACAGGAGCUCUAUUGUAGUGAGCUACAAAAGCUGAAGGUGUUACGCUGCAAGGCGGAGCGUUACGAGGUCAAGCAGGAAGAGCAGAAAAUGGAACAGGAGGAGCUUAUUAAGCGAUUGGAGGCGGAAAAGCAAAAAUGCAUGGAAGAUUCCGAAUCACUGGCAAAGCUAAACAAGGAGCUGCAGGAUCAAAAAUCCAAAAUAGAUCGAGCUAAUCGUGAGAUACAAAAUUUAAUGAAAGAAAUUAAACAAAAAGCUAUUAGCAGUGAAUAUCUUGAAUUGUUUGAGCGUGAUCUCAGUCUUCAGGAGCUGGAGAAUCGUAACAGAAAAACUCUUAACCUCUUGUCCGACAUGGCGAACAGCGAUGAGGAUGGACCCCAGAUAAUACACUACAUGUUAAGCAAAGGAUUGAAGCUGCCACAACAUUUAAAGCCCACUCGCAGCUGCAUCUCCUCAAAGACUGGCUCGUACUCCUCUCUGGAUUGCUAUUCAGUAAAGGGUUACAGUGCACGCUCCUCGAUCUCUGAUUUAAGUUUGGGUAAAGGGGAUGCUCCUUCGGCUAGCAUCAGCGUUGUCUCACUUGAUUUUCCCAACAAAAAGAAGAAAUGAAGGACUUCAACACUGAGAAUAUGAAUCCUAAGCGACCUCCACACGUGUUUGGCCAGCGAACUGUUUACAAACCGAACAUCUAAGCAGAAACAUCAAUAAACAGCGCGAAAAGGAAAGCAACUCAGAAAAUGAGAGCAAUAAAAAUAGAUCACAACAAAUAGCUGACCAAAAAUCAACAAGAAGCAAGAGAUUACAAUACACCUACCUUUAAAAUAUCUGCUCGAGUAUAAAUACCGGCCAAUAGUAUGCAGC